UCUAAUGGAGAAGAUGAAGAAGUGUAUUCUUUUCUUAUGAAUAAAUCGAAAGGGGAAGUAUCAUAUGUUAAGAUGGUUGAGAAGAUUUGCAGGAAGAAAAAGGUAGAUGAGGCUACGACAAAGCUGAGAGUUAGUUACUUUCCCUUCACAUUCCAAGGACGUAAGCUAAGACCAAAUUAUAUUCGUGAUGAUGAAGAUGUUGUGUGUUAUUAUGAGGAUGUGAGUGAAGAAGGGCUUAGAAGUGUAUUGCAUGUCGAAGUGACCAAUGACGUUGAACAAAAUCAGGGGAUCGAUGAAAAUGAGGGGUUUGAUCAAGUUUUAAGAGAGGAUUUAGUUAGAGGAUAUGUUGCAAAUAAUGAAGAUAUUCCUCUAGUUGGUGGAGCGGAUGAUAGUGGUGGUGGUGUCCUUGCUAUGUACGUUGGAGAACCAUCACAACAAUAUCCGGCUGUGGUGGAGAAUGAAGAUAGAGAUGUAGAAGGGAAUGCAUCCGAGGCUAUUUUAUGGGUAGAUGAGAUUGAUAUUACGAAGUCGGAGCCGUUGAGAUAUGUGGUGGCAUGUUCGGAAGCACAUAACGGGUGCGAUUGGUAUAUACGAGCUGCGAGGCGUGAUACGACUAAGCCUUUUUCUAUACGAACUCAUAGAAAUAUUCAUUCAUGCUCUCGGUCAAGUACAAGUACCGGGCGGCGAAGUAGAAGGAAAGGCACACCAACUAUGGUUGCUUCUUUGUUGGCUGAAGAUUAUCCGGGUAAACUUACCACGCCACCUCCAAAAGAUCUUAUUGAUUUGGUUCAAGGACGAUUUGGUGUGCAAGUGUCAUACUCUACCGCGUGGAGAGGGAAAAAAGAAGCUGCAAAUGAUAUUCGAGGUACCCCAGAGGAUGGUUUUAGGCUUGUGCAUUCGUAUAUGUACAUGUUAGAGAAGAUGAAUCAUGGUACAGUUUCAAACCAAAGUCUCAUCAAGGCAAUAGCUGAGGUAUAUCCGUCGUCCCACCAUGGGCAUUGUAUUUUCCAUUUGUCUCAGAAUGUGAAAUUAAAGGUUUUUGGAGUAAACAAAGCAGUAUGUGGAAAAAAGUUUCGGGAAUGUGCUCGGGCUUAUACGGAGGCAGAGUUCCUAAGGCUCUAUGAAGUUUUUUCGUUUACAUAUCCUUCGGCACGUACGUAUCUAGAUGAGUGGGCGGAUGUGACGAAAUGGGCUAGAUGUUAUUUUCGAGGAGAAAAAUACAACAUAGACACAAGCAAUUCUGUUGAAUCUAUUAAUGGUGUUUUAGAGAGAGCAAGGAACUACUCACUAUUACAAUUGAUAGAUGCGAUUGUGGGGAAAAUCGCGGAGUGGUUUGCCAAACAUAGAAAAGCUUCUGGACUAUUACCAAGUGGUCAAUAUUUGGUUCCUUUUGUGGAGAAGGAACUCCAUAUUACAAUUAAGAAAGCGAAAAAGUUGGUGGUGCGAGAGCUAAACGGUUAUAAUCUUGAAUAUAGUGUGAUUGGAGGCGAUGGUAAAAUUUAUUUGGUUGAUUUGAGAAGCAAAACAUGCAGUUGUAGGCGUUUUGAUAUAGACAAGUAUCCAUGUGUGCAUGCGAUAGCGGCUACACUUACAGCAAACAAGGAUGCAGCUCCUGAGCUCCGGGCACAUGAUUUAAGCUCAAAGUAUUAUUGGAUCGAGCUAUGGGUUUUGGCGUACACGAGGACAAUUUAUCCGGUUCCCCAUAAUAGCCAAUGGGUUCUUCCUCAGGAGAUAAUGCAACAGUUUGCCUAUCCUCCGGAUUAUGAGGUAAAACAAGGAAGAAGACAAGAAACAAGAUUCCCCUCCGUUGGAGAGCAUAGAGGACGUAAGAAGAGGUAGCAUGGAGCGGGCGGUUUGGGCGAGUGGUUUACCAAUGAUGGUGACGUUGAUGGAGAUGAUGCGGGUGACCAAGGUUGAUUUCUCAAUGCUAUUUAUUAGGUUAAUUUAAGAAACGAUGUUGUUUGUA